CUCGUUUUCCAAGAUUACAAGUGAGAUUAGCACGCCAACGAAGCCAUGGAUAACACUAUUUCCUGGUGCCUUUAAUAACAACACUCGAGCUUGACUCUACUUGAAGGUCUAAUAUAGGUAGUUAGGCUUGCUGGAACCAAUUGCUACGCUCAAGCAGCUAUGCUAUCUUUUGUCCUUUCACCAUUGGUCAGGCCACCUGAUAGUGCCAGGGCUCACUUACAAGGGUCUAAUCACGAGUCCCUUCCUGCCGCUUUGCAAAUACUACCACAGAGAUAAUUCAUCUUCUUGCAAGAGCAAUUUCGCUCAUCUCUCUUUUUGCAGCUGAGUCUUUUUUUUUUUUCAUCAAGAGUCGUCUCGAAAUGCCCAGUGACACCCCUUCAGAGGCCGAUUCCACGGCUCACCACCAGCCGCCUGCUUCGCACAGGACCCUUCGCUUAGUCGCGAUCGCCUCAUUUCUCCCCGCAUUUCCCCUCUGUAUUGCUCACGGUGUUCUCUCAAACGACGCAGCUCCUGCGGUCGGUCUUGUUCCGCUCGCGUUUUCUUCUGGUGGCAGCUUGUUCCUCCUCCGCCGACGAGAACGAGAUGAUGGACUUGCGCAUAAGCUCUCACACCCUGUGCUAACCUUUGCUUUUGAUGUGGUGCUAGCUGCAGCUUGUAUGAUUGUGUUGGUCUUCACAUGGAUUUCGAAAGGCCAGCUGGCGUCGUUGAGUAUGCUGGCAGCUUAUGCCACUAUCCCCCUUCUCGUCAACUUUGUCAUUCACCUUCUUAUUUCUCUGGAGUCAUUCUACACGGGCCUUGCUAUUCAUAAUAUCGUCCAGUGGCUCGCCUGGCGCACUUUACCUCCUGACUGCCCGCACUGCGAUCAUCGACUUCGUCCAGAUUUCCCCCAGCUACCAUGGCUGGAUCAUCUACGAGAGCGAAGACAUGAAGACUAUUCGGCGUUGUUUGUGGAUGAAGAGAAUCGGUAUCACGAUGACGAGACGGAAGAGACGCUGCAGCGUGCUGAGAGUGCAGCGCAGGAGGCUGAGACGCAGCCAGAGGUUGUCGAUGUCAGGAAGAAGAAUAAUCGUAGGAACAGGACAAAUACGCCUCCUUCUAGAGAUGAACCCGCGUCUCCAUGGAGCGCUUCAUGAAGGAUGAAUGGUGGAACAUGCUGUUAUCAGAUUGAUAUGGGUUAAUUGGGUGAAUCGAACAGACUGGAGUCGUGAUGAACAUAUCAGCUCGGUCGUAUUGACCUUUGAAUGGCACCGCGUCUUGACAUUGCAAGGUCACAUAUCCGGCGACAUUAGCUACCAAUACUAGUAAAAUACCUUUUAUCAGGUGUAGUUAACAAUACCAAGACAUUUCGUCUUCCGACAAGCGCUCUAGAUUCAACCCUCCGCAGUAGCGCAAGCUGGUUGUGCAAGAUUGUCGUAUACAGACCUGUGAUAUAUCCAGGUGCACUACCCACUGU